AUGGUUCCCGACUCGGGCGACACCUCUACUACUGCUACUGCUAUUAGCAGUCGUGCGGCUCGGAUCAGCUCUUGUUCUACGACUGCUAGACCCCACUUUGAGUCAUUCCUCCCUACUAGCAGCGGCGCGGACGCGGUGAACUUGACGCCGCCCCUUCCCCACACCGGCGGACGCCGCCCCAACGGCGGCGUCGCGUACGCCGCCGUGGAUGCCGCUAGCAGCAGUAUCAGUCGAUCUGCCUCCUACGGUGCUUCAUCGCCGCGUUCUCGCACCGCGGAACGCCGCAGCAUCGAGUACGCAAUGAGCACAACUCCGUCAUCGUCAGCGGCGGACAUCGGCGUGGCGGCGUCCCCCUGGCUUCCGCUUGUUAUCACCGCCGCCGGCGUUCGGCAGAACUCACGCAGGCUAUCACUAGUAGUAACUACUACUGCUAGUAGAUGCGAUCUCGCAGAUCUCGUGGUUCCGGUGGACAGCACCCGGUGCGGAGCCAGGUUUGCCGCGGUGACGCCUUCCGCCGCCGCGCGCAGCCCGCACGCGGAAGUUGUUCGGCGGAAAGCCGCGCCGUCGCUCGAGAUGGACGCGCAGUGGCGCGACGAUGCGGCGGCGGCGGCUUCCGCGAAGCCUGCGCUCAGCGGAUGCUCAGCUGCAGAAGGCGCAAGCGUUAAGCAAGGCGGAGGCGACGAGGGCGCAAGAGCAAUCUCAGGCAGCAAAGGCGCAAAGACUCGGAAGUCAGUCGCGGAAAGCAGCGCCCCCCCUGAAAGCAGCGCCACCGCAGAAAGCAGCGCCACCGCAGAAAGCAGCGCCACCGCCGGUCACUCGUCUGAUGACAGCGCUGGCGCGGACGUCGGCCGGUGUUUCCUCCGCCUCUUGCACAGCGGGCCGCGAGCGGAAACUCUUACGGGUGGGCGGAAGAUAAGCGCCGGAGGUUCCGCCACAAGUGUUCCGCCUGUGCGCGGGGCUUCCGCCGACCGUUUCCGCUUCCUCCGCUCCCGGUCGACGUCGCACUUGGAUGAGAGAAGAGGGGGCGGGGGAGGGGGAGGGGGAGGGGGAUGGGGAUGGGGAGGGGGAGGGGGAGGGGGAGGAGGAGGAGGGGAGCUUUCAUUAUUUGAAGGGGCGGGUGUCGAAGCAGCAGCAACAGCAGCAGCAUCUCAGCAAAAGCGGGAACCCUCUUCUCCUGCCAACAUCUCUUCAGCCUCGCCUCCUCUUGCCGCCGUGGCAUCUUCACCUCGCCAUCCGCCCGAUUCUGCCCGCGCCUCUGCUGCUGACCUUGUCAGCAACAGAACCGUCCAUGGCACUCAUGAUGAAGAGGAGGAUACGCAUGACGGAGUCGUGACGGCGCGGUCAGUGCAGCGCGACGGGGCAGCAAGGGGAGUUGCCGUGGAGGAAAAGGGCGGUGCAGCAAGGGGAGUUGCCGCGGGGGAGCAGUCACAUAGGGAAGAGAUCUGUAGUAAGCAAUCACCUAUGGACGCUCCAAGAUUGUCCGCUGGCAGCAGCACAACACCAACUGGCCAACACAGCCCUUCCCCAUCCAACGUCCCCAGCCCCCCCUCCAUUACCACUCACCCAAGUCAACCCGACUCCGCAACCUCGUCCUCCAAGUCCCCCUCUCCCUCCUGCCAUUGCCAUCCCCCCACUUUGCCUAGUCCCAACCUCCCCAUCUCCUCCCCCUACCCCCCUUCCGUCGCCCCAUCCAAGCCCCCGCGAUUCCCCACUCAUUCCCUCAAUCUUUCCCCGUGCAACCUCGCCCUCCAAGUUCCCCCAAGCUCUUCCUCCAUCCGGGCCUCCUUCUCUGUUGACAAUCCCGGGGGGGAGCGGCUUGGUGAAGAGGCAGCAGGGCGGGUAGUGGUCCAAAGCCAGAGGGUUGGCUUUAUAGGAGGAAAAGGGGAUAGCCCCGGCUGCCCUUGCUCUGUUUCUGAGGCGCCUCAAGAAGAGAAUCUGCACUCACACCAGAGAAGAGAGGGAGUUGGCGAUGGUGGGCAAAUAGAAGGAGUUGGCAGUGGUGGUGGGCGAAGAGAAGGAGUUGGCAGUGGUGGUGGGCGAAGAGAAGGAGAUGUGCCCCGCGCCCAUUCCUCACUGCUCCACCCUCUCUCUGUCCCAGGCAGUCUGAGAGUCGAGCAAGUUGCACAGCACUUGAUGAGAGUGGAGCAAGAUGCACAGCACUUGAUGAGAGUGGGGCAAGAUGCACAGCACUUGAUGAGAGUGGGGCAAGAUGCGCAGCAGCAGACAGGGAUGCACCAAGAUGGUCAACACUUGGUAAGAAUCGACCAAGGCACACGGCACUUCACAAGAUCGCAGAGUGAUGGCUCCAAUCCCUUAAACGGCACACCAACUGGAAGCCCGGGUGGGCUGUUUGGAGCAAAUGCAAGGUUUGCUGAAAGGUCCGGUCGGCAAAUGAGGAGUCCUGGAGGGGUGGGCAGGAGGAGGUCUCUUGAGUUGCAGCCUACGAAAUCUGUCAGAUCGGGUCUAUUGCUGGUGGAUGGGGGUGAGUUUGGAGGGAGAGGUGGCAGGGGGAAGGUGGAGAGGGGUGCGGAUGGGCACGAGUCGGCCGAAUCAGAAAGCCCUUUUCCUCCAAAGAGCCCUGUGAAGUCUUGUUUAUCGCUCGCGGAUGGGGAUGGGAGUGUGGAUGGGAGUGGGUUGGGAGGGAGAGGCAGGCUGAAGAAGCAUGUCUCGUUCAACCAGGUGGUGCGUGUUCGCCGGUUCCACUCAUGCGAAGAUUUUCCGGACUUCGGUCUGGGUUGA